AUGAACGUUGCAUUAAACGUCGGUAACUCCGAAGUGUUUGCCAACACUAUAUAUAUGAUGUUGACUGUGUUCGUGGCGUUCUAUAAAAUAAUUAUCAUGUGGCUAAAUUGCAAAAAUAUUACCGGAAUAGUCACCGCUCUCACAAAGGGAUCUUUCGCGCCUGCAGAAUUGGGUGAGAUAAUGAUUCGACGAAGAUAUGCGAAUAUGGUGAACGACCAAUUUCUGAAGAUAAUUGCUCUACAGUUCGGAGUGAGCACGUUGGUAGUGUGCUCUAAUUUAUUUCAAUUGGCCAUGGCUGCAGUCGACGCAAAUAUCCUGCCACUGAUACUGUACACAGCUUGCAUGUUAUCGCAGAUAUUUAUCUAUUGUUGGUUUGGGAACGAGGUUAAAAUAAAAAGCCUUCAGGUGACGGACAACGUAUAUAAGAUAAAGUGGUUGGCACUUGACAACAGAAUUAAAAAAGGUCUUCUAUUAAUUAUGAAACGCUCGGCCUCUCCUAUUGAAUUUACCAGCGCGGUGGUCAUUACGAUGAAUCUUGAUUCGUUUGUAUCUGUACUUAAAGCUUCAUAUUCAGUUUUCAAUCUACUCAAACGUGCGAAUGAAUGA